CGGGGCUGCGGGGCGCGCGCAGGGUUUGCCUCCGCCGCCGCCGCACAGCCGACUCUCCGGGCAGCCACCAGCCAGCCAAAAUGCCCAAGCCAAUCAAUGUCCGGGUGACCACCAUGGAUGCAGAGCUGGAGUUUGCUAUCCAGCCGAACACCACUGGAAAGCAGCUGUUUGAUCAGGUGGUAAAGACCAUCGGCCUCCGGGAAGUGUGGUACUUUGGUCUCCAGUAUGUGGACAAUAAAGGAUUUCCUACCUGGUUGAAACUUGAUAAAAAGGUCUCUGCACAGGAGGUUCGGAAGGAGAACCCCGUCCAGUUCAAAUUCCGGGCCAAGUUCUACCCCGAGGAUGUGGCUGAGGAGCUCAUCCAGGACAUCACGCAGAAGCUGUUCUUCCUUCAGGUCAAGGAGGGCAUCCUCAGCGAUGAGAUCUACUGCCCCCCAGAGACGGCCGUGCUGCUGGGCUCCUAUGCAGUGCAGGCCAAGUUCGGAGAUUAUAACAAGGAAAUGCACAAAGCUGGGUACCUCAGCUCUGAGCGGCUGAUCCCUCAGAGAGUCAUGGACCAGCACAAGCUCACCAGGGACCAGUGGGAGGACCGCAUCCAGGUGUGGCACGCGGAGCACCGGGGAAUGCUCAAGGACAGUGCUAUGCUGGAAUACCUGAAGAUUGCCCAGGACCUGGAAAUGUAUGGGAUCAACUAUUUUGAGAUCAAGAAUAAGAAAGGAACAGAUCUCUGGCUUGGAGUUGAUGCCCUUGGACUAAAUAUCUACGAGAAAGAUGACAAGUUGACCCCGAAGAUCGGCUUUCCCUGGAGUGAAAUCAGGAACAUCUCUUUCAAUGACAAGAAGUUUGUCAUUAAGCCCAUCGACAAAAAGGCACCUGACUUUGUGUUCUAUGCCCCACGCCUGAGAAUUAACAAGCGGAUCCUGCAGCUCUGUAUGGGGAACCAUGAGCUGUACAUGCGCCGUAGGAAGCCCGACACCAUUGAGGUGCAGCAGAUGAAGGCCCAGGCUCGGGAGGAGAAGCACCAGAAGCAGCUGGAGCGACAACAGUUGGAAACGGAGAAAAAGAGGAGAGAGACGGUGGAGAGAGAAAAGGAGCAGAUGCUCCGGGAGAAGGAGGAGCUGAUGCUCCGGCUGCAGGACUAUGAGCAAAAGACCAAGAGGGCCGAGAAAGAGCUCUCCGAGCAGAUUGAGAAGGCCCUCCAGCUGGAGGAAGAGCGGAAGCGAGCCCAGGAGGAGGCUGAGCGACUGGAGGCUGACCGUGUGGCUGCGCUGCGGGCCAAGGAAGAACUGGAGAGACAGACACAGGAUCAGAUAAAGAGUCAGGAGCAGCUGGCUGCAGAGCUGGCUGAGUACACUGCCAAGAUUGCCCUGCUGGAGGAGGCUCGGAGGCGCAAGGAGGACGAGGUGGAGGAGUGGCAGCACCGGGCUAAAGAAGCCCAGGACGACCUGGUGAAGACUAAGGAGGAGCUACACCUGGUGAUGACGACUCCCCCGCCCCCGCCACCCCCGGUGUACGAGCCUGUGAACUACCAUGUGCAGGAGGGACUGCAGGAUGAGGGGGCAGAUCCCAUGGGCUACAGCGCGGAGCUGUCCAGCGAGGGCAUCCUGGAUGACCGCAACGAGGAGAAGCGGAUCACUGAGGCGGAGAAGAACGAGCGCGUGCAGCGGCAGCUGCUGACCCUGAGCAACGAGCUGUCGCAGGCCCGGGAUGAGAAUAAGAGGACCCACAAUGACAUCAUCCACAAUGAGAACAUGCGGCAAGGCCGGGACAAGUACAAGACGCUGCGGCAGAUCAGGCAGGGCAACACCAAGCAGCGCAUCGACGAGUUCGAGGCCAUGUAGAGACCAGGCUGGGACCAAGGGCGGAGGGCACCUCAUGGCAGGGCGCUGUCACCUUGGCCCUGUAGCUCUUAAGUCUAGAAACCCCCUGACGUGUUCUAGUCCCUUGCAGUUACCAGCAGAAGCACUCUGCCCCAGGACCCAUUGGGGGGUCCUCUCUGGUUACUUCCAUUUGUAUCGUAGUGCCAAACAGGCCAGAUUGUUAGAACAGCUACCGACACUUCCUGUUUGGAGCAGGGAUUCGGGUGGCUCUAAAGUCUAAAACUUCAAGCUGGACCGUGUGACACAAAGCUCGCUGUCACCAGGGACAGCACUGUGGCUCACACACGGGUGCCAUACUUUCUCUAGGUUUGAAAUGAGCUCAGAUCGAUUUUGUUCUUGAUUUCUAUGAAGGAUCCAUCUCUGUGUUUUGAGGGGUGAAAAUGAUUUUGAAAUUUGGGCCUAAGGUACGCUCCCGCACAGCCUCCUUCCUCCAGGGCGCUGGCAGAGUCCGCGGCGGCCCCUUCAGAGUGGACGGUACAGGACUCUCCGAUACAAAGCUUUUUUCAUGCUUACCUGUUAGCAUACGUCAUUGGACUUACAUACCUAAUGAUCUGCUGUAGAGAAUAGUAUUUAUAUAUAAGUGAUAAUAUGGGUUUGUAACAUUAGUUUUAAAAAGGGAAAGUUUUGUUCUGUAUAUUUUGUUACCUUUUACAGAAUAAAAGAAGUAAAUAUUAAGAACCAUGUAAUCGCGACACUUGAUCUGACGUGGGGGCAGUUGGGAAACAACUGAUCAAUCACCGCUGUACAAAAUGUUAGUGGGUUUAGUGCAUGUAAAAUGCACACUUCAAUUUCCUGUCAGUUUCUUCUUUGAAAAAAAUACAGACUGAGAGCAUUCCGAUCCA